ACCUUAUUUCUUUUACUUGUGUAGCUCAUAUGGUGUCCCGCAAUGGAAGUAAAUAAGGAUGAAGCGGAACGUUGUAUUGAUAUUGCAGUUAACGCAAUAAAGAGUAACCAAGUUUACAAAGCGCACCGACUUCUAGAAAAAGCACAGCGACUCUUUCCGACCGACAAGGCAAAAGCAUUGUUGGCGUCUCUGCAGCAGAAUGGACAUCCCCCCACUCCCAGCAAUUCUGCAGGAAGCAGAGAAACUCCUUCAGAUUUACAGGAAAGCUCUGACAACCACAGAAUUCAAGAGGACACGGGCACUGACUCAGCCAAAUCUUACACCACAGAACAAGUGGAUGCUGUCAAAAGGAUAAAACAAUGUAAAAACUACUAUGAGAUUCUUGGAGUACAGAAAGAUGCUUCAGAUGAUGACCUUAAAAAAGCAUACAGGAAAUUGGCGCUCAAGUUCCAUCCUGAUAAGAAUCAUGCCCCAGGGGCUACAGAAGCAUUUAAGGCCAUUGGGAAUGCAUACGCAGUGCUGUCGAACCCAGAGAAGAAGCGUCUGUAUGACGAGUAUGGGGAGGUGCGAGCCCAUGCUGGCAGACACAGUCAUUCUAAUGAAGACUUCCAGCCCGAUAUCUCACCAGAGGAUCUCUUUAACAUGUUCUUUGGAGGAGGAUUUCCCUCUAGUAACGUUCACAUGUACAGCAAUGGCCGAAUGCACUUCAGUCAACGGCGUGGUGAGAGGAGAGAGCAGAGAGGUGGCGGCUUGACUCUCUUCGUACAGCUCAUGCCCCUCCUUAUCCUUGUAAUCGUGUCUGCUCUUAGCCAGAUGUUGGUGGCCGAGCCUCCCUAUAGCUUGACCCUCAGACCGUCAGUGGGCCACACACACAAGCGGUUGACGGAGACUCUGCGUGUGCCAUACUACGUGAGCGAGCGCUUCAGCCAGGAGCACAACAGUGUGAGUCUGAGGCAGGUGGAGCGUGAUGUGGAGGACGAGUACAUCUCCAUGCUCCGGGACAACUGCUGGAGGGAGAAGCAACAGAAGGACGGUUUGCUAUACCGCGCACGCUAUUUUGGGGAUGCAGAGCUGUACCAGAGGGCCCAGAGAAUGGCCACUCCUUCCUGCUCCAGGCUGGCCAAGGUUCAGGCUUCUCUCCAUGGAUAAACUGAUGCCAGUCUGUGCAGGUUUCAAAUACAAUCUUCCUGUUAGAGAAGAUCACCAUAUACAGUAAACGGAAUGCUGGCCACCUGUGACAGAAUAUCAGACAACAGAAGAGAAUUCAAACUGAUUUUGUCAGUGUGUGAGAAAGUGUCACAGAUGCAUGUCUUCAUUAGGGAGAAUCCACUGCUAUAAUGAUUUUAGAAAGCUCAGGAUCUUCCUCUAGCCUCCAUUUAUUACUGAGCAGAUAAUCCUGCUACAAGAAUGUUGCAUUUUUGUUGUUGCGUCAUUUAUAGUUCAUAGAUCAUGACCUAGUCACUUUUGUAUUAAUUUAUAAUUGAUAACCAUGCAUUCAUCUCUGCAGGGGUUUUAUUUAUUUGGUUGGUUAAAUAAGCUUUAACUGUUUAAGAUUUGCAAGUUUUGCCACUAGAACUUAAAAUGGCUGCUCUAUUCUGUUAGUAUUUAUUCAAUGGAUUGGUCUUUUUUUUAAGAUUUAUAUUCCUGAACAAUAAAAAAAUGUAUUUGUGCCACUGCUCUA